AUGGAUCUUGCCGACUCGCUGGAUUCCCAAGUAACGAGCGACCAGCUGAAUAGCCAUCCGUCACACGACUUGCCGGAUGCAGCCGCCUAUACCGACUCGGAUAACAGGCCAGUGGCGGGUCACUCAUCGUUUACCGACUCCUCGGUAAGGCUGGCAUCUCACCAAAUCCAGAACUCAGCCAAUCCGUAUUCAUGCUGUAUUUCACGUAUGGGCGAUUUGCCCUCUGCCGGUGAGCGGACAGCGCAGACUUCGGGAGUCAUCGACGGUGCAUCCGCCUCCGGGCUUUUGGACGACGUAUCUUCGCAGUUUGACGGGCUCGUUCCGCCACCGCCGACGUACCAGCCAGAAGAAGACACCGCAUACCUUCUUAGCGAGGACGAUGAGGCGAUCCCCAUGACGACGAUGGGUCGUAACGCCAUCGGCCACAUCACCGACCGUGUCUCGUCGGCGCUGAGGCGUGUAAACAAUGAGUGUGAUCACAUCCGGACCAAUACUGAUUAG